AUGAAAAAGAAACACUGCAAAUGUAAAAGAAAAGUUAUUAUAGUUAGUUGUAAUGAUACGAGAGAGAAGAUACGUUUAACAAAAACUGUGAGGAAAAGUACUAAAAAGGUAACAUUAGAAGUUAAGCAUAACACUAAAAUAACAAUUGUAAAAGAAAAUUCUGAAAAAUACCCAAUAUUUAAGGCUCGAUCAAAUGAAAGGAUAGUGCCUUGUUGUUUGAGGCCAGGUUGUAAAAGCGGGUUUGAAUAUAAGGAAGCAAGCAAACAACACAAGCAAAAACGAAGAAAUCAUACUCCUGAAGUAUACAAAAAAGAAACACACAAAGUAAGUUACACAACAAUAUCAUCAGGAAAAAAAUAUUUGAAUAAUGAAUCCAAUAGUAAUUUACAUUAUGAAAAUAUUAGUUCAGAUUCACUUAGCUCUUACUUUGACGAAGAACUUGAAACUCUGAUAAAAUCAACUAGGAAGAGAAUGAGGGAUUCGGAUGAAGAGUGGAAAUUGAUGCCAAGGCACCAAAAACCCUAUACUAGUACUCCACUGAGCAAAAGAAAUAAAAAAAUAUCACAAUCAUUAGAAAAUGUUAAUUCACCUUUUAAUUCACUUAAUACUUUAGUUCUCGAAGCUGAUGACAAAGAAUGUAUGUGGGGGCAUGAUAUCAAUUUUUCUCCAAUAAUGAGCCCAGAAAACUUACCAAAACAAGAGCCAUAUGAAGAAGAACUAAAGUUGGAUCCAUUAUUUUUAAGCCAAGAACUUUAUAAUAUAGAUGAAAUUAAAAAAGAAUAUUAUGAAAAGAGUAACAUAGACAAAGCUAUAAUAAAGUUGGAAAAUAAUGAUAACAAUAUGGACCUACCUAAAGUUGAUAUCAGUAAUUUUGCCAUUAAGCAGGAAUUUUAU